AUGAAAGAACUUUAUAAACGAGCAAUCGAAAGGACUGCAUUUUAUGCUUGUGCAGCCUGGUGGUUUCCACCAACAGUUAAAAUGCGUAACAAAGCAAAUACUAUACAACGAGUGGCUUUACUAGCCAUGACCAAAUGUUAUAAAACUGUCCCAACCUCGGCCCUGCAGAUUCUAGCAGGCCUAAUACCACUGGACAUCAAAUUAGACCAGGAAAGUGCAAUUCAAAGGACUAAAAGAGGUUGGUCAGACUUCUCAUUUGAAAAUCUCAACUUUUCCUCAAAGAAGCUCUCGGACUUUCCAGAGCAUAAAUGGUAUACUCACCCAGCAUGGAUUAAGACUUGUGAAUGGAAUGACCGUCUACCAACUAAUAAAAAUUAUGAAGUAUUUACGGAUGGAUCAAAGAAUGAUGAAGGCACAGGAGUAGGAUUCUGUGUCUAUUGGAAUGGCACUCUAAAAUCUGAAUAUUCAUAUAAAUUGGAUCAAAAUUGUUCCGUAUAUCAAGCGGAAACACAAGCGAUGAAAUCAGCUCUUCAAUGGCUAAAGGAUCACAAAUAUAAAGCCCACUUACACACGGAUAGCCAAGCGGUAUUGAAAUCAUUGGCAAAGUUUGACAUCUUAAACUCAGAAAUCAUCAAAGUUAAAAAGCUCGCCUUCAUUACUAAAGUAAAAUUACAUUGGAUAAGAGGCCAUCGCGGUUAUAGAGGAAACGAGAAAGCAGAUGAACUUGAUAAAAAAGGAAUAUCCUCUACGGAGAGAAUUAAUUGCAAAAUUCCACUCCGUAGUAUAGUGCGUAAAACAAAAGAACAAGUUCUCAUUCUGUGGCAACGUCGAUGGCAAGAAGAAGAAACUGGUAGAUCUACCUUCAAGAUCCUUCCUAAAAUUUCUGAGAGAAGACACUUUAAUGAUUUCUUUGUAAAUCAGAUACUCUCGAAUCACAGAGCCUUUCCCAGUUAUUUUAACAGAUUCAAGAUCAAAAAUCCACCAAGUCGCUGUCCCUGCGGCUUAGAUACAGCAGAUGCACUUCAUAUGAUUUUAGACUGCCCGAGUUUGGACAGUAAAAGACAAGAACUAUUUCCUCAAACUCUAAAUUUUGAUCUUCUGUGUAAACUAAUGUUAUUGGAAAAAGGUCGAAUUCAAUUAUCUAAACUUAUGGAAUAUAUAUAUUCUAAUAAAAACAUAAUCUAUGUCUAA